AUGUCUGCACCUGAAACCACACCCAAAUGGUAUGGCCACUACUACGAGUUUGACAACAAGCGGCGCUGCCGAAGGGUUAAACCGGGGUGGAGUCCAGAGAUGAACGACAGCGGCAGUCACCAACUGCAACGGGGCAAGCGGGAAGAGCUGGGUGGGGCUGCCAGGCAGAGCGUGGGCCCCACCCCCCGCCACCUCGCCCAGCCUCUCUUUCAACAGCAGCCUUUGGAACCAGGAGAAGAUCCACUCCCCCCUGACUCCCAGGACCGGCACCAGAUGGCCCUCCUGAAUUUCUUCUUUCCUGAUGAAAAGGCAUAUUCUGAAGAGGAAAGUAGGCGUGUUCGUCGCAAUAAAAGAAGCAAAAGUGGUGAAGGAGCAGAUGGUCCUGUUAAAAACAAGAAAAAGGGAAAGAAAGCAGGGCCCCCUGGGCCCAAUGGCCCCCCUGGACCUCCAGGACCUCCAGGACCACAGGGACCCCCAGGGAUUCCAGGAAUUCCUGGGAUUCCAGGAACAACGGUUAUGGGACCACCUGGCCCUCCUGGCCCUCCUGGUCCUCAAGGACCCCCUGGCCUCCAAGGACCUUCUGGUGCUGCUGAUAAAACUGGAACUCGAGAAAACCAGCCAGCUGUGGUGCAUCUUCAGGGCCAAGGGUCAGCAAUUCAAGUCAAGAAUGGUGGAGUGCUCAAUGACUGGUCCCGCAUCACUAUGAACCCCAAGGUGUUUAAGCUACAUCCCCGCAGCGGGGAGCUGGAGGUACUGGUGGACGGCACCUACUUCAUCUAUAGUCAGGUAGAAGUGUACUACAUCAACUUCACUGACUUUGCCAGCUACGAGGUGGUGGUGGAUGAGAAGCCCUUCCUGCAGUGCACCCGCAGCAUUGAGACAGGAAAGACCAACUACAACACUUGCUAUACUGCAGGCGUGUGCCUCCUCAAGGCCCGGCAGAAAAUUGCCGUGAAGAUGGUGCACGCUGACAUCUCGAUCAAUAUGAGCAAGCACACCACCUUCUUUGGGGCCAUCAGGCUGGGCGAAGCCCCUGCAUCCUAG